AUGCAGUUUGCUGUUCCGAUCAUGUUCACUGCUGCCCUGAAGGCUCCCAGUGUGACGUUGAACAUCGGAGGUGCUCCUCACAGUCAACAGCAAGUUCUUGAAGUUUCCCAGCACAAGAACGAGUUAGAAAAUGUUAUCUGCCCAGGAGGUGUGUUCCAAUGCCCUGAUAAGUUCACUUGCUGUCCUGUCUCUGGUGGAUAUGGCUGCUGUCCUCUCCAAGGUGCCACAUGCUGCAAGGAUGGAAAACAUUGCUGUCCAAAAGGCUAUAAAUGCUUGGGUCUUAACACCUGUGCUGUGGAUGAGGAGUGAAGUGAAGAGGGCCUCUCGAGCUUGGGUUUGCUAGGGCAUUAUAUUACAUAUCAGAACCAAUGUCAUUUGAACCUUUAGUAAACAUCAUGGCAUUUCUGAUUCAAUACUUUUAUUUGA